GGCUCGCUGCUGAAAAGCCUGCUGGAUCUUCCAGUGACCUGCUGUUCUUUCCUGCUUUCCUGUGUGUUUUUUGUCCUUUCUAGAUUUAAAUUAAAAGCAAAGCUUGUUCCUCCUUUUCCCUUGUCUUUUAGACAACAGCAAAGAAGGACUGUUAGUUUCAAGGUAGUGUUACAAGAGGAACAAGGUUUGGACUGUAGUACAUUCGGAUGGAGGUACGUGUUUGUUUUUGUAGCUUGUUGGGGACAUUUGCAGAAGGACAAGAAGGGGGACAGUUGGAUGUGGUUCUUCAGAAUUACCUGGUCUCAUGAGCUGUCAUUCAGGGAGAGACAGACACUAAAAGGACAUCAAGAGUGGGACUUCAGAAAUCCUGUCCAAGUGUAAGUAAGGGGAUCUGUUUUAUGAGUACCCCUCAUUGGAUGCACUGACAGCCUUGUGGUAUCCGGGAUCGGAAAAGACAUAGCCAGAUUCCCAGCAGAGAAGCUCGAUCUGGGGCUCUAUCCCAGGUGGAGGGAGUACAAAAGGGUGCGGAGGGUCAAGGGAGCGAGUUGGCCAUCAGACCAAAAGCCUCUCUCCUGUGACCAUGUACCCACAGGGUAGACACCCGGUACCUCUGCAGCCUGGACAGUCAUUUAAGUUCACAGUGCUGGAGACUCUGGACCGCAUUAAAGAGGAGUUCCAGUUCCUGCAGGCUCAGUACCACAGUCUCAAACUGGAUUGUGAGAAGCUGGCCAGCGAGAAGACGGAGAUGCAGAGACACUACAUCAUGUACUACGAGAUGUCCUACGGACUCAACAUCGAGAUGCACAAACAGGCAGAGAUCGUGAAGCGACUCAGCGCUAUCUGUGCUCAAAUCAUCCCUUUCCUCUCUCAGGAGCAUCAGCAGCAGGUUGUUCAGGCAGUGGAACGUGCCAAACAGGUCACCAUGGCAGAGCUCAACGCGAUCAUAGGGCAGCAGCAGCUCCAGCACCUGUCUCACCACACUCCAGGUAUCCCUCUCACUCCUCACCCUUCAGGCCUGUCUUUGGGUGGCACGUCUGGACUGCUGGCCCUCACCGGAGCUCUGGGAGUCUCCUCCCACCUCACUAACAAGGACGAACGCAAUCACCUUGACCCCGAGCACCUGCGAGAGGGUGCACCCAGCAGGAGUAAAUCAGUGUCGUCAACAGACAGUCAGGCAGCAGAGGAUCGUCAGGGUCCGUCAGGGGUUUAUUCUUCACAGACCAGCAGUGAUGCCAAACGGAGACGGUGUGAUGAUAAAGACGUCCUCACGUCUCACUACGAUAGUGAUGGAGAGAAGAGCGAGGACAAUCUUGUGGUAGAUGUCUCAAAUGAGGAGCCUUCCUCCCCCAUAGACAGUACCCCUCUUUCUCCUCAUGGGAAUGGUUUAGACCGAGCUCCCACCCUGAGGAAAGAGCUCCCAGGAUCCCCGAGUCCCCCACCGGCCACCCCACCACACAGCCCCCCUCCUGACAAGAAUAAGGACACUUUGCAAAGAGAGAAAUCUCAGUCCCCCUCCUCCAAAUCAGGCAAUUCCUCUCCGUCCCACCAUGACCCUCUUACCCCUGGUCCACCCGGGCCCAGCACUUCUUGUUUACGCCUUGUCAACAAACCCGCCUCCUCAGCAGACCCGCUGGCUUUGCGGAGUCCUUUGACUAUGACACCCGGUUCUUACCCGACUCACUUUGGGGUUGUGUCUCAUGCUGGGCUCAAUGGAGAGCUGGCAAGCCCAGGUGGGUUUGGAGGCUCGCUGACCCUUUCACCCCAAAUCAGUGCAGCAGCCAGUGCCUACACACGCAGCCCUAUGGUAGCAUACGAAUCUCGUUCACAUCUUAGAUCCUCAGGGCUUUCGUCCUCACUGCCUAGCUCCACUGGUGGCAAACCUGCAUACUCAUUCCACGUGAGUGCAGAUGGUCAAAUGCAGCCGGUGCCCUUCCCUCCUGAUGCCCUCCUAGGCCCAGGUAUCCCCCGGCAUGCCCGUCAGAUCCACACCCUCAGUCAUGGAGAGGUGGUGUGUGCGGUCACAAUCAGCACCUCCACACGUCACGUCUACACCGGUGGGAAAGGCUGCGUCAAAGUUUGGGACAUCAGCCAACCGGGCAGCAAGAGCCCCAUGGCCCAACUCGACUGUUUGAAUAGAGACAACUACAUCCGCUCAUGUAAGAUACUCCCAGAUGGGAGGACCUUGAUAGUUGGAGGUGAAGCCAGCACGCUAUCAAUCUGGGACUUGGCCACACCCACUCCACGUAUUAAGGCCGAAUUAACGUCAUCGGCUCCGGCCUGCUACGCUCUGGCCAUCAGUCCAGACAACAAGGUCUGUUUCUCCUGCUGUAGUGACGGAAACAUCGUGGUCUGGGAUCUGCACAACCAAACGCUUGUCAGGCAAUUCCAGGGCCAUACAGAUGGAGCCAGUUGUAUCGACAUCUCUAACGAUGGGACCAAACUGUGGACGGGGGGUCUGGACAACACUGUGCGCUGCUGGGACCUGAGAGAGGGCCGACAGCUCCAGCAGCACGACUUCACUUCACAGAUCUUUUCUCUGGGUUACUGUCCUACGGGAGAGUGGCUUGUAGUGGGAAUGGAGAGCAGCAAUGUGGAAGUGCUGCACGUCUCCAAACCAGACAAAUACCAGCUGCACCUUCACGAGAGCUGCGUUCUCUCGCUCAAGUUCGCCUACUGCGGGAAGUGGUUUGUGAGCACAGGAAAGGACAAUCUGCUGAAUGCAUGGAGGACACCAUAUGGAGCGAGUAUCUUCCAGUCAAAGGAAUCCUCAUCCGUCCUGAGCUGUGACGUCUCCCCAGAUGACAAGUAUAUUGUGACAGGAUCUGGGGAUAAGAAAGCCACAGUGUAUGAGGUGGUGUACUGAAUGCAAAAAUGAGGAAUAUGUAAUUGGAUGGAAGAAAAAGAAUGGCAAGCAUGAAAGAAACAUGGCAAGCAUGGUGGGCAACCAUGGCUCUUCAAUUUGCUGUUUUCUGUAUACAUCCUGGUCCUUUCGCUCUUACUAAUUAACCAUAUCAAGCACUUGAGCAACACACCAGCCCAAUACAUCGACAUCAAGGGUGUGAGUUUGGGGCAGCGUUUUUUUUUUUGUGACCAAUGGAAGUAGUAAUGUAUAGUGUUCGAGAAAACAGUAAUUUUCACAAUUCGGUUCGAUGAUGCUAGUUGCGCAGAAAUCACCUGCACAACUUUCACCUUCUAAGACAUUUUUUCACAAAAUUGGACUAAAAGUGGAAAAUAACAAUUUUUUACCAAGAUGAUAAC